UUCCUACUCUCAAACAUAGACAGCUCCACGCUGUCGGUUUAUUUCCUUGUUCUCUCCCCUUCAGAUCUACAGUUUGAAGAUGGGUGUAACCAACAUGGUGGUGAAGUGCAAGAGCUGACAGGCCCCAUUCACUGCAUAACACAUGUUGAUUAGAUCAGAGCUCAAACUAGUUUCAGUUAUAGGGAAGUGAAACUCAGACAGUCGUCGUCACUGAGAGGUGAAAUGGCGCAGAAAGGAGUUCAGCUGGAGCAGGAAACCUUAUCUUGUUCCAUCUGUCUGGAUCUACUGAAGGAUCCGGUGACUACUUCCUGUGGACACAGCUACUGCAUGAACUGUAUUAAAAGCUUCUGGGAUGGAGAGGAUGAGAAGAAGGUCCACAGCUGCCCUCAGUGUAGGCAGACCUUCACACAGAGGCCUGUCCUGCUGAAAAGCACCAUGUUGGCAGUUUUAGUGGAGGAACUGAAGAAGACUGGACUCCAAGCUGCUCCUGCUGAUCACUGCUAUGCUGGACCUGAAGAUGUGGCCUGUGAUGUCUGCACUGGGAGGAAACUGAAAGCCUUCAAGUCCUGUCUGGUGUGUCUGGUCUCUUACUGUGAGAAACACCUCCAGCCUCAUUACGAUGUAGCUCAAUUAAAGAAACACAAGCUGGUGGAGCCCUCCAAGCAGCUCCAGGAGAACAUCUGCUCUCGUCACGAUGAGGUGAUGAAGAUGUUCUGUCGUACUGAUCAGCAGUGUAUCUGUUAUCUCUGCUCUGUGGAUGAACAUAAAGGCCACGACACCGUCUCAGCUGCAGCAGAAAGGACUGAGAGGCAGAGAGAGCUGGAGGUGAGUCAACUCAACAUCCAGCAGAGGAUCCAGGACAGAGAGAAAGAUGUGAAGCUGCUCCAACAGGAGGUGGAGGCUGUCAAUCGCUCUGCUGAUAAAGCAGUGGAGGACAGUGAGAAGAUCUUCACCGAGCUGAUCCGUCUCAUGGAGAAAAGAAGCUGUGAUGUGAAGCAGCAGGUCAGAUCCCUGCAGAAAACCGAAGUGAGUCGAGUCAAAGAGCUUCAGGAGAAGCUGGAGCAGGAGAUCACUGAGCUGAAGAGGAGAGACGCUGAGAUGAAGCUGCUGUCACACACAGAGGAUAACAACCAGUAUCUACUCAACUACCCCUCACUGUCACCACUCAGUGAAUCUACAUCCAGCAUCAAUAUCCGUCCUCUGAGCUACUUUGAGGACGUGACGGCGGCUGUGUCAGAAGUCAGAGAUAAACUACAGGACGUUCUGAGAGAGAAAUGGACAAACAUCUCACAGACAGUGACUGAAGUGAAUGUUUUACUGCCACAACCAGAGCCCAAGACCAGAGCUGGGUUCUUAAAAUAUUCACGAGAAAUCACACUGGAUCCAAACACAGCAAACACAAAGCUGUUAUUAUCUGAGGGGAACAGAAAAGCAACAUUAAUGCCACAAAAUCCCUCUCAUUCUAGUCACCCAGACAGAUUCACUGGACGUGAUCAGGUCCUGAGUAGAGAGAGUCUGACUGGACGUUGUUACUGGGAGGUGGAGUGGAGAGGGGUAGGAGUUUAUGUAGCAGUCGCAUACAAGAGUAUCAAGAGAGCAGGGAAGGGUGAAUGUGAUUUUGGAUGCAAUGACAAAUCUUGGGCGUUAGAUUGUGACGAAAACAGUUAUAGCUUUUUGUACAACAAUGUCAAAAUCCCCGUCUCAGGUCCUCAGUCCUCCAGAGUAGGAGUGUACCUGGAUCACAGUGCAGGUAUUCUGUCCUUCUACAGCGUCUCUGAAACCAUGACUCUCCUCCACAGAGUCCAGACCACAUUCACUGAGCCUCUCUAUGCUGGACUUAGGCUUCAUUACUGGUGGGGAGACUCUGCUGAGUUCUGUAAACUGAAAUAGACAGAAGUCAUUUAAGGGUUCAAUUCUGUGUUUUAACUCUUACGGCGUGGACACACAUGGAACGCCAGCAGCGUGUGGCGGCUGCGUUACAUGUUGAUUUUUAUUUCGCCGUCCGUGUUAACAGGUUAGAGCAGCCACACUACCCGCGUGAGACUCAUGCGCAUCACAGCGGCAUCUCUUCUAGAGAAUAGAGGUCUCGUCUAUUUUUGACACGUGCCGCGCGCGUCUCACAGCAGCAACAGACAGUGAAGGUGAUCUAUUGACAGUAUAUUGACAUUAUAUCAGCUACAUUAAUACAGUUUCCAUGUCUAUCUGUAGAAUAUGUAACAGAGAUGAAAAAAAGUAAAGACUAUUUUUAAACCAACACUUCCUGCUCUCAUUUCAAAAUAAAAGCCCUCAAGCAUUUUUUUCUAUGGACAAAAUUCCUUCAUUUGUUAACACGAGGCUUUUAUUCUGAAAUAUGAGCAGUCAUUGAUGAGGAACCUGCAGUGACUUGGAGAGCACCAUGAAUUCAUAAAGUGUAGGGUUUUAAUUGUGGAUUAUUACUAUUAUUUACAAAUUUCCACACAGUUCUUACCCUUUUUCUGUCUAAAAUAAAUAUAAAUGAUAUUUGUAAUGAAAUGAAAUGGCCAUUAAAAGGCAAACUCUAUGUAGAAAGAAAGGGCUGACAGCAGCAGCUGACAUGCAGCUGGUGUGAACACCCGACGCAGCCAACACGCGCUCUUGAUGUUCCAUGUGUGUCCCGGGGCUUAAACUCAUGUUGUCUCCAUGUUUGUUGCUGAGAGAUGAUUGUUGUGUCAUUUCUUCACUGCACAGAGAUCAGCUGUCAAUCAAACAUUAUGGCGGUACUUUGACAUCUUCUCAUCAGUUGUUCUGUAAAUGUUUGAGUGUCUUCAGGUGGCACUCCUUCCUGUGUCUGUUUCACUGCUCAUGAUGAUGUUUGUUCACCUGAACUGAUAUUUCUCUGCAUGAAUAUGUAAACUUCUCUGUGCUCUAAAAGACAUUUUGUUCUUUCCGCUUUGUAUUGACAUUUAUUUGUUUGGCAGACCUAUGAGCUUUAUAAACCUGUAAUUAUCAUGAUCAUAAUCAUUAAGGAGAUCCUUAAUUAUUCUCGUUCACAUCGCUGAGAUUCUGGUCAAACAAACUGAUUGUGUUGAUGAAGUGAAUCUGAACAUGAGAUCAUUGAACAAGAGUCAUUUAACAGACUUUACUGAUGGGAUGUGUGAACAAACUGAAGGUUUAUAUAAUCAAUAAACAAAUAUGAACAAAGUA